AUGGAAGGGAUCGAAACUCUAAAAGCUGAUACCACACUAGACAAAUUUAACCCUAUAAGACAGCUCUCUAAAAACCUGCCCCCUUAUCUCCAAUCAAUGAAUGAGGUGGACAAAGAAAUUAACCUGAAAUUUAUUGAAAGCAUGAACAAAAAAAUAACUUUUCUCAAAAAUCCCAGGACUUUACCUGCUCAUUUGACGACUAAGACUGAGAAAUUGGCAGAAAAAAGCCCAUUUAGGCUGGUCCCAGAAACAGUUACUUUUACAGAAUAUGAAGAAGGAGGCGUAUAUGAAAUCCCAAUCACCAUCACGAACGUUGCAGGGAUUUUAAGAAGAAUUCAGGCUAUACCGCCUGCGACUGAGUAUUUUAGUAUUGGGCAAAUAACUUAUCCAGAUAAAGAAAAAGGAGAAAUCGCACCUGGGAUGAGCGCGACCAUUCUAGUCCGCUUUCAUGCAGUUUCAUUAGCAGAAUAUGAUGAUGAAUUUUUAAUAAACUGGUUUAUAAUGAAUUUAUAGAAAUGUUUUUAAAAAAAUUAAAACUUUUGACCUUAAUAAAAAAAAAUAAAAACUGAGCAAGAUCCUAUUGUGGUGCCAUUAAGAGCUAGAAGGGAACCUCCUAAUCUGACCCUUGUAGAAGUGAUGGACUGCGGAACUAUUUGGAUAGGAGAUAGAGUUGACAUAAGUUUCAGAUGCCAAAAUGUAGGGGGAAGUGCUGGGUUUAAAUUUUUCCAUGAAAAUGAAGAAUUGGACGCAGCUCCUGGAGAUGAAAUUCUCAUGAGUGGGCCAUUUACGAUUUUUCCGCUGCAGUUUUAUUUGGCAACUGGUCAGUUUAUUGAUGUAUUAGUCAGCUUUCAGCCUAAAGAUGAAGGGGUUCUUGAGAAUAAAAUAAUCUAUAUUAAUAGAUAAUUUAAAAAAAUAUUUUAAUUAUUACCCAAAUUUGUAUAAAAUAUAUGGUUUCUAUAAAGAAUUUUCAGAAAAAUUAAUCAAAAACAGCAUAAUUUUAGCAUGUGACAAUCAGACCUCACAGUUUUAUACCCUAAAAGGCUUUGGAGCUGCUUUAGACAUCUCAGUCUCAAAAAUCGAUGACAAGCCUCUGAAUUUCAAAGAAAAUCCUUUAAAUUCAAUCUGGUUUAACGAAACUCACCCUAACUCAGACGCUUCUCGAGAUAUUUAUGUUUCCAAUUUAAGUGCGCUUCCAGUAGCAUACCAUUGGUCAACCUAUGUAUUUAAUGAUACAAAUAUUACGCUAGAAGCUCACAAUAACCAUUACUCAAUCACCCCAAUACAAGGGAUUUUAGACCCUGGCUCCACAAAUCAAUUUAAAAUUAUCCUAGAAAACAUCAGUUUAGGAUUUAAAAAAAAUAUUUUAUAAUCAGAAAUAAUUAAAUAAAAAAAUAUACGUUUAGGCCUGCGUCAUUUCAGCCGUUUAAUGAAUAUGCUGAUUUAUUUGUUGAUAAUAUUCCGCUUCCUGCUUUAAAAUAUAUAUCUCCAAGCUUAAAAGAAAGUCCUUUGCUAAGUGAAAUUGCGGGGCAGUUUUUAGGCAGCAAUGCCAAAUUUCCAUCAAUCCCGUAUUUGCAAUUUGAGCUUCAUGGAAAAGGGAGCCUUUGUGAACUGGAAUUUGACCCAGUCUAUUAUAGACUCUAUUAAGUUUAAAUUUAAUUUAUAUAAGUAGCAUAAAUCUCUUAUUUUCUAUACAAAUAAGCUAUUAUUUUUAUUAUUAUUUUAUUAUUUUCAAUACUAUUUUCUAUGUAUUUCCUCAUAAUUUAUUACUUGGACAAUCUUAUAGAGCAGAAAUAAAGCUAAAAAACAAAAGCCAAGGAUCUGUUAAUUUCAAGCUUAUAAAUUUGCCUGAAAGGACCUCAGAAAGUGUUACGACAGCAGUAAAUAUCUCUGAAGGCCAAAUUGAUGGGAAUUCUGAAAUCAGCUUAGACUUCACUUGGAUCACAAACACCUUACUUCCUCGACGUGAGCGAACAAAAUCAUGGAAGCUCUAUUUUUUGUAUAAAAAGCCAUCUUCCCUAGUGAGCAAAAAAAAUAAAAAGGUGACAUUGACUCAGAGGCGACUGCCUGUGAAGUAAUCCGACCCAUCCUGAUAAAACUGAAAGUAUGGCCUCUGUCCCUUUUUGAAGUAGACCUCAGGUUGAGGAUUCCUUGCCGAAAAGGGUAGUUUGUUUCUCCCCUGAAGGUUUUCCAGUCCCUGCCAGAUGGGUUAGACAGGUUAAGCCUACCAUAUGAUCUUAUCUCAUCGGGGCCAUCGGAGCACUCUGCAAGCGGUGGCUCUGCACUAAGGAGUUAAUCCCUAGGACAGGUGAUUCAGGUCGGGAAUCAACAAUGGUAACAUUUUUGAAUCAAGAUAGGCAUCAGCUGUUUGGUUUGCCCAAUUAUGACCAGCACAAUUAUUUAAUCAUUUAAUCAGCGAACAAAAAAUUUUUUAUGAGAUAUAUAAGUGAUAAUUAUUAUAAUGGAAUCUCUAUGUAAAUUCUGUUUAAUAUAAUACCAGUUUUCCAAUUUUUGUAAAUAGGAUAGAUUACAAAAAAAAAUUACUAUAAAAUUUAUAUAUAAUUUUUUUUUAAAAAAUUAAUCCCUUCAUAAACGAACAAAAUUGUUUUCUUCACGCGCUGAGGGCGGAGCUAGGCAGCCAGGUCGGCGUCUACCAAUGCUCUGUCAGUAACGGCUUUCCUAUCUAUUUCCAAAUCCAAAGCAACACAAUCGGCCCUGAAAUCUCUUUAGAAUCCUCCAAUUGCGAUUUUGGGAUCAUAAAAUGUAAAGAAAAAUCAAUUUCUAAUUUUACUAUAAAAAACGAAAGCGGGAUACCAGCACAUGUUACUAUUGGCCACGAAAAUUUCCAUAAAUAUACCAAUUCCUCAGAGCAAUCUAUUAUAAUUUCCCCAAAUUAUAAAGAAAUUGCCCCAUAUGACACAUUAAAAGUGUCUAUAGAAAUUCUGAGUAACAAAGUCGAUACUAUUGAAGAAAUCAUAAAAAUUGCUGUAAAAAAUGGAGAAGCCAGGUAUAUAAAUAUUUUUGCAGAGGUCCAAAAGCCUGUAGUAAGCCUUGACUGCUAUGAAUUCAAACUUGGGCAGCUUGCGGCUGGGAUAGAGUCUAAGCCAAAAACAGUGACCCUUAUAAAUUAUGGAAAUUUAGAUAUACUUUAUUGUAGGAUUGCGUUAAUUUUUAUUUUUUUAAAUUUUUGGAUUAUUUUAUAUAGAAAAUAAUACAACUUUUAAAUGAGUAAUUCCACUUACUGAAGCCCACGAUUUCAAGAUAAGUCCUUCUUCAGGAGAAAUCAAGGCUUCAUCAAAGGUUACUUGUGAAUUUACAAUGAUUCCAUUCAAUGGAGGGAAUUUAGAUGAAAUUUGGGUUUGUGAAGUAGAAGGAUUGGACUCGCCUUUAGGAAUUUUGACUACUAGAGAUGGAUAUAAAUAAAAUGGCCUCUCGGCCAGGGUAUUGCUGGAAGGCAAUGCAGCCUCAAGCACAUUUUAUUUAUGUCGGCAAGUAUUGCCAACUGAGAAAUGGAUAAUUGUGAUAGGUAAUUAACAGAGCCUAGUCUAUUUUCAAAAUUGGGUUUCACCUCAAAGGGAAAAGGUGGGCUCAGAGUUGGAAAGUGGAUGCCCAACUGCGUCUACAGGCAAUGCCUAGGCCAUUCGGGCAACUCCCUAGCGUGGAACCGAGGCUUAUGCCUUGGGCUUUGAAUUUUUUCCUUUUUGCCAAAAAUUCCAUUUUUUUGGGAUUUUUGUGUAGACACCCUUCGUGCACUCAAGCAGCAAGCCGGCAAAGCAAGGGGAGACAAAACACAGAACCUUACUUAACAGGUACCAUUGCGUCAAGCGUGAAAUAGAGGAAAGGUGGAGCACUCCCAGAUUAUUCAUUCCAACUCUAAAAAGCUCUCCCUGCCGAAGUUGCAAAGGGAGUGAAUCCCCUAUGGGAUCCUUGGUGACUCCGUUACCAAUAGGGCAAGCAAGCCAACCCUGUAAUUUAAGUUUAAGACUACUGGAGACGUAAAAGGUCUCGAAAUUAGCUAUAUUCCUGCUAAGGAUAUAUAAAUUAAAAUGGCGAAAUAUGCAAACCUGCCCUCUUGGCGCAGCAGUCCAGAUCUUAUGGCCACAGCGAAUUGGGACGGACUUCGAGCCGAGAAUCUAGUGCAGGCUAAAGAGAUGUGUAUCCAGGUAGGGUUUUGGCUGCUUUCUUGUGGUUGGAAAUGGAGGCGCUCAACAGCGUCCUUUGGAUCCGAGGACUCAUAGGCAUUCCUCUACCGAGAAACUGGGAUUUCUGCCCAGACCACAGGAGAGCAGUCUUUUUCUUGUAGCUGCAGAAGAAAGGCACUUCGACCAUCGAUAGACUCCAAGGAGCUGAUCCAUGGAAUCAAGCUACUCCAAUCGCCAGUAGCAUGGCCGCAGAAAUCCAUAAGCACUUAAGACUGAAGCUGCAAGAAGGAGACAGAAGAUGCCGGAAGUGACAAGGACCCUCAGGACUGGAGUCGAAAAGUGGAUAAACCUCCCGUACAGUAGGUUUUUGAUGACUGCAUUACCAAUAUAGCUAACGCCUAACUUUAAUAAUCCUAAUCCUGCUGAUGAUAAUAAUUUGAACACUCUGGCAAGCUUGACAAGCUCAAAGCAGAAAUCGAUACUUCCUCCAUCUUUAUAUAACGCAAGUGACAGACAAAGCUACUUGUCUAGUAUGACACUGUCUGCAGCACAGCCUGAUCAGCAUUUGAAAGUCAUUGAUUUUGGCUAUUCUAAUAUAAACUGUGCUAAAUUAAACUAGAAAUCGUAGCAUUAUAACCUUAAUAUAAAUUUUUAAAAAAAAAGACUGUAUAUCUCCAGCGCAAAAAUCCAAUAUAUCAAUUGCAGCAUAGGAGACUCCAAAUCGAUAAAAUUCAUCAUAAAAAACAGCUCAGGACUAAGAACCACUUUUGACCUAAAAAUGGACAACUAUGAGCCAGGGCUUUCACAAGAAGAAGUCCUAGCCCAAAUCAAAGCAAAAGAAGCAAAAGCUUUGCAAUUCGAAUCCCCCAAAGACGCAAGCCCUAGGAAAAUCAAAUUCACCUCCUCUACAAAAUUCCAAACAAAAAAUACCACAAAACGUCCAGACUCCAGAGAAAAACUUCCUCCAUUACUAAGUGAUGCUCAUGAGCAGCUAACUCCCCCCUUUAAAUUGGAGCAAAAUACCGGUAAAAUUGAAUUUUUUUGAGUAUUUUAACUCCCUUUAAAUUAAAUACUAAUUUUUAUAAAAUUAGUUUUAACCUGAUUUAAUAGACAAAAUGCAAGUAAAACGUUAUUUUAAUAGUUUUCACACUAAAUCGAUUAAUUUUUUUAUAAAAAUAAAUUUUUAAAAAAGAAUGAAAGAUGAAAAUACUUAGUUUUGACUUAAUUUAUUGGAAAAGUGCAAAUAGAAUGCUAUUUAAACAGUUUUAACACUAAAUAGUUUAAUUUUUUAAGUUAUUUAAAAUAAAUUAAAUAUAUUAUGCUCAAUUAUUUUUCCUUAAAAACAAAUUUAACUCCCUUUAAAUUGGAAUAAAGAUUUUUUGUUCCCAUUUAAAAGUGAGGAGUAAAUAAAUUUUCUACCAAAGAAGGAGAAACCUUUACAGCGACCAAACAGCUGGAAAAAUCAAAAAAAUUCUAUUUAAGCAACAAUAAAGGCCUAGCUUUUGUAUGUGAGCCAAAGUCGGGGGUAAUUGAUGCCCACAGUGAGGUAAUUGUGACUGUGACGAUGUAUAAUGACAUUUGUGGGAGAUUUGAAGAUAUUUUAGUAUCUUCAGUAAAAGGUCUGAAACCUCAUAGGAUUCCGAUAAGGUCAAGAAUUAAAGGCUCUCCACUAGUUUUAGCUCCAAAUCAGCUUGGCGUUAAUUAUGCUAUUUUUUAUUAGCAAUUCCUAAAGAUUUAUUAUUUGCUAUUAAUAUUUAUUUAAUUUAAGCGGUAUACAAAGUAGACCCCCCUAUUUUAUCAUUAGGUACCCUCCUCUCCUCAGGCCAGCCUCUUUCUAAAAAAAUAAAACUCUACAACAGCGGGCCUAAAGACAUUUGGCUUGACUGGAAAAUCUUCAAUUACAAAGACCUUGCCGCCCGUGAAGACGGGAUUUUCAAAAUUUCCCUGGUCCCCACCACAAUCCAAUAUUCCGCUGAUGACGAAAAAAUUGACCUUUUUGACGUAAAAUUUCAAGUCACAGAACCUGCCGAAAAGCCUUCCCCAUUUUCUAUAUCUCCCAAAGAAGCCAUUAUUUCAGGCAGAAAAGAGACUAUUUUUACUAUAAGUUUUACUAGUGAAAUAGAAGAAAUGCAUGAAGCCGUGAUUUUGGCACACCCAAAAAUUGUAGAAGAAGAGGACACUGUGCUAGGGGAGCUUGGGAUUAAUUUGCAGGCUAAGACGAUUUUGCCUUGGCUUCAUGUAGAUAAGGUGCAGAGGGCUGAUGGGUUUUAUUAUUUAGCAUUUGAUGGAUAUUCAGCUGGCGGGCCAAAUGGGAUUAAAGAUAUUGGACUUUCUAACAUUACGUCAGCUAUCCUUAGUUUUACUAUUUUAUUGUGAUUUAGGGUGUAUAAUCAUUAAAAAAAUUUUAUUUUUAAUUGGAUUUAGAAAUAAUUAUCCAGGAUAAUAGAAAAUGGACCUUUUAUGAUCGUCCAAGCCAAAAGUUCUGCACCUAUUUAUUUACAAGAUUAUGAAGGAGGUGCUGUAGCUGACAAAGUAGAGCAGCUUAAGCUAAAGAAAACUAGUAGUAAUUUACCAAUAACAGAACAAAAGUAUACACUUGCCCCAGAAGACAACCUACAAGUAUUUAUCAAAUUUUUAAAACCAAAUCUUAACGAUAUUGAUGCCUGGCCUUUGGCUUCUCGGUCCUCUAUUGGUGGCUCCUUUUUAAUCCGUUUCUCAAAUGGCCACGAGCAGCGGCUAAAAUUAGAGGCCAGAUUAUACAGACCAAAAAUAAUCAUAAAUUCAGAGCAGUCAGACGAGUUUAAAAAGCUAAUAGAACAAGACUUUGGGAUAGUAAAUAUUCAGUUCUCUAAAAAACUGUCUCUAUUUUUAUCAAAUGUAUGCUUAUUUAUAUUGAAAAUCCUGAUAAUUUAUAAUGGUAUUAAUAUUGGCAGAGUUUAUAGAAAAAGGAUAAGCCCUGUGGACGCUAAAUGGAGACUUAAUUAUGUUCAAUACCCUAAAAAGAAAAAUACUGGCUGGAAAACAAUGACUAAACAAGAAAAAGAAGACGAUACUAUUUUAGAUGACCCUGAGGUGUUCCAGUUUUCUAUUUCAGAAGGGGUGCUGAAAGGGCCUUCUGUACCUUUAAAAUAUACCCCAACUGGUCCAGCGCUUCCGCAAGCCCUAAACCAAGACUUAGAGAAGCUUCCUUUACAAAUCCAAAUAUUAUUUAAGCCAAAAUUAGACAAAUUGUACAAAUCAAUGUUCAAAAUUAUCACUGAAGGAGGGCCUGACCUAGAUUUUGUGCUUAAAGGAAGAGGCUCGUAUUUAGAAGAAUAUGAUCGUUAA